AUGAAUCUUCUCCUUCUGGUGGUUGCUUUGGGGCUCGCAGGAGCGUUUCCCCUGGAGGACUACAAGGUGUGCCAGCCUCACUCCAGACCCUGGCAGGUCUAUCUGCAUGGUGGAGGAGUGUCCUGCAGUGGAGCUCUCAUUGACGAGUCGUGGAUAGUAACGUCCUUUGACUGUGCACCCAAAGCCUACAGCACCGUUGCAUCUCUUGGGGAACAUGACUUGACUGUGGAUGAGGGAACCGAGCAGCACAUCUACGUUGCUGAUGUAAUCGUUCACAGUCCCUACUACCGCUCACCGUUCCACAGCCUCACCAUGGUCCGUCUGGCUGAACCCGCCCGCUUCACCCAGCACGUCCAGCCCGUCCCUCUGCCCAGCCGCUGCCCACAGCCUGGAGAGACCUGCCAUGUCAGUGGCUGGGGAUCCACCAUCCCAAAUCAAUAUGAGUAUUCUCCACGCCUGAAGUGUAUAACUGUGCCUGUUGUGGAUGACCAGACCUGCGUGAACACGUUCCCCGAGUUCCUGUUCUGGAGCCCGUUCAUGGUCUGUGCUGGACAAGCAAACACAGAUAACUGCGUGCAUGGUCGUGGCAGCGUGAUGGUGUGCGAUGGCAAGCUGCAGGGCGUGCAGUGGUUCAAUCACGGCUGCAGAAACCCAGCUGACCCCACCGUCUACACCAAGCUGUGCAUGUACAACAACUGGAUCAGCGAUGUGAUGGACAGCUACGUGCCAAUUGAAACCACUCCAAUGAUGACGACAUAAGGCAGCAGAGAGACAUUUAUUCACAGAUUAAAUGUAAACACUAUAAAAAACAUUAUCAUAAAAAACUAGGCUGCAACACAAGGUAUAGGGGUUGCCCUUUCAGCCAAUUAAGCAAGACGUAGCACUAUUGCAUUCGGUAAAAGUGAUACUCUAGGUAACAUAAAUACCUAUAAGUAUUCAUGAACAUUAUGCAGCAGUCUCAAAUCAUGCAAAUCCUACGCUUAGCUGCAAUAAGCAAAAAAAAUCUGUAUGCAAAUUCAAAACUGUAGAUAUAAACAACAACAACAACAAAAAAUAAAAUGUCAAGUGUUCCGACA